AGUGUGCUCUCAGAUCUCUGUAUCCUAAUAGCACCCAUAAAGAGCUCUUUGCCAUGUCAGACUACCUUUGGUUUGAAGGGAUACCUUUCCCUACUAUAGAGUAUGAAAAAGAAAUAAUUGAAGAAACUCGAAAUAUGUUUGUGAUUAGAGAUGAAGACACAGUCAUACUGACUUACCCUAAAUCAGGAACUAACUGGCUGAUUGAGAUUGUCUGCUUGAUUCAGACCAAGGGGGAUCCCAAUUGGAUCCAAUCUGUGCCUAUCUGGGACCGCUCACCCUGGAUAGAGAGUCAAAGAGGAUAUCCACUAUUAAUCAAUAAGGAAGGACCACGCCUCAUCAGCUCCCAUCUUCCCUUCCAACUUUUUCCCAAGUCUUUCUUCAGUUCCAAGGCCAAGAUACUCUAUGUCAUCAGAAAUCCCAGAGAUGUUCUUGUGUCUGGUUAUUUUUUCUGGAGUAAGACAAAAUUUGUUAAGAAUCCAAGGUCAUUAACAACUUAUUUUGAAUGGUUCAUCAAAGGAAAUGUGGCAUUUGGAUCAUGGUUUGAGCACACCUGUGCCUGGCUAUCCAUGAGAAAAAGAGACAACUUACUGCUAUUGAGAUAUGAAGAUAUAAAAAAGGACACAAAGAGCUCCAUAAAGAAGUUUUGUGACUUCCUUGGAAAAAAAUUAGAGCCAGAUGAGCUGGAUAUGGUCCUCAAGUACAGUUCCUUCCAAGCCAUGAAGGAAAAUAAAAUGUCCAAUUUCAGUAUCAUUACAGAAGAUUUGGCUCCUAAUGGUUUAGUUCUCUAGAGAAAAGGGACUGAGACCUCCAGAGAAUCCACUGCUGUUGACAGAUAACCUCAGACUGCUGUGCCCCAGACUCUGUGGAGACAGAGUUGUCUGCACUAGAAGUGAAGGUCCCACAUAAGAAGAGAAUUGGCCCAUUCUUGGAUUUCCUGUAAUGAAUCAGAAUUUGGCAGAGGUAAAACAGUAUGGAUACAUAAAAAGCUUCAAUGAAAUGCCAAAAGGAGUGAAAUGUCUUGUUUAAUAAGGAAAGGCUAUGGAAACAAACAAGUAAAAGUUUUGUCAGAAACACAAUAGAGCAGAUGCAAGAGAAUAAGGACACAAUUCCAUGAAGACAACUGUCAUUUCCUCUUUUCCAUGUAGACCUUUGAGGAUGAGACCACAGUGGGAUUUUAGUUAAUUUUCUCUGAAAUAUUGUAUUUUUCAUGUAUCAUAUAUGGUGAUUCUGUCAUAAAACUUGAUAUUUCACCAUAAGUUCUUUGUAAUUUAUCAUAGUGAUUAUAUAUGACAUCCAUUUCUUCUGCAUUUAAAGAUAACUUUUACUCUGGGGAAUUAUUUUUCUUUUACUCACACUCAUUAUAAACCAUGAGUCCACUGGAAACAAGGACAUUGAAGGAGGAAACCAACAUCAUUACCUGCCCAGCCCUGAUUCAUGACUUCUUUAUAGAGGAUGCUGAGAGAGAGAUCUCGGAAACACUUUUGAAAGAAUAUGAUGCAUGAGGAUAAUGUUGGUCUUUUCAAUUCCUAUGUCAUAUUGGUUCCUUUUUUAAUCGUGAAGGGAAGAGCAGAUCAAAGAUUAAUUCUAAAAUGAAUUUUAUUACUUAUCAGUAGAUACUGAAUACCCUAAACCAUAAUUCAUGAACACCUUUGCUAACUGUUAGACUGGUCUUAAGCAGGAAGAAUUCUCUAGACCUAUUUUCACUGUCCUUUAUUUGCUCUUCUCAGGACCCAAAAAAAUACCUUUUUUUUUUUACCUCUGGAGAGCAACUCUAAAGAGCUACUUUUUACCUGGGAGACUCAAUCAUCUGACUAGGUGGAAUGAAUCUGGUAUUAAGCUUUAAACAAUAAUUAUCUACAAACAAUUUUAAUCAUUAUGAUGCCAUAUUUAGAUAACUCAGGAAAUAUAGAUCAGAGAGAUGGUCAUUCUCAUGCAUCCACUCUUUAGUUGACAGAACUUUUAUAAAGACAUUGUCACAAUGAAGACAUGAGGAAGGAAAGGUCUUCUGACAAACUUCAAAGGUUUUGGACCUCAGUACUUCACAGUGGAUGUUUCCUAUAUAGAAUGCUUGAGCCAUGAAUUAUUUUCCCUGGUGUCCUUAGAAGGCUGUAGUCUGAGACAAAGAGGGAAGAAGACCUAGUGAGGAGCCCACUAUCUGCAGGCCUGUAAAAAGCCCAGGAAGGUCUGGACAACAACUUUUUGUGAGACCUGCCUCCUCCAGGACUGUGAGGAAGUUCCUUUCCAACAAGAGUUAAGCCACAAAGAUUUAGAGAUAUCCUGUCCUCUGAUACACCAGAGUUUGAGGAGAUUUUUAGAAAGAAUGAAUGAAGAGAAACAUAUGCUUGUAAGGGCCACAGGAUUUUGACAGGAUUUGAAUUACAACUUCAUGUGUGUACCUGCAAAGACAUCCUUCUCUCAUCUGGACUGAUUCAGUCCAAGUGGGCAGUCAUAUUGAAUUUACUGAGACUCUGUUAGCUCAGCAUCCAUCUGGUUUAUCAAGAGACAGGUGUACUGUGGGAAACAAUAGAGAAAUUUGUUCUAAUAAUGAAGAUAUAAGAAAGGUGAGAGUAGCAAUGGACACCUACAAGUUACCUUCUUAAAAGAUGACAUUCUUAUAGUAAUAUCAAUUAAUGGCAUAAUAUUUGAAUAUUGUGUAGCAAUAGUUACCACUUAAUUCUGAAUAUAUUAUAUUUCUUUUAGUAAUACCACUGGGAAUUUAAAGUUAACUUAUAUGAUACAUAAGGAAUACAAUGUGAUAAAGAAAAGCAGAUUUCUACAGUCAGUCUUUUUGGCUUCAAGUCUACAUACAUCACUCUCAUGCUGGGUAACAUCUCAAGGACUAAUUUUUUCUCAUCAGCAAAAUGGAAACAAGGCCAGUAUUUUCCUCACUCAUUCAUGAAUGCUUUCAAAAAUACCACACUGAGUAUAUUCUGUGUGUCUGAUAUAAUUUGAUGAAGGAAUCCUUUGCCGAUGAAAGAAACAUUUUGCUUUUUAAAUAUAUUAGAUACAAAUUUCAGGCAUCUUUACAAAAAGGAAAUUCAUCAAUGUGUCACUGUUAUGAAAAUACAACAAGGAUGUGGCCUGCAGAGAUCUAUAUGGAAGGAAAAUAGGAAAAGGUGGUCACAUGGGCAUAAAUUUGGAAACAAAAGAAAAUAAGUGAGUAUAUGGAAGACAUCAGCACUCUAGAAAGAAGGAACACACAAUUCAAUGAAAGCAGUUACACAGUUGGCCAUCUCUAAAGUAAAACCUAAAGACAUACAGGAAUGGAGUGAUGAGAACCAAAGUCUGGUAAAAAGAUAUGCUAAAAAAAAAUAUGUAGGUCUUGAUGCAUCACCAGACACCAUGCUGAGUGAAAACAGAAAUCUUGGAACAUUCUUAGUUGGAAGAUAUCUGGGUCUCCUGCACCCGAUGAAAUUAUCAAGAUGUUGGCAUGCAGCUCACAACAGUGUGCAUCUCUAGCUCAAGGGGAUCUGAUGCCUCAAAGCUCUGCAGGAAGCUGCAUCAUGUGGACCUACACACAUAUAAUUAAACUUAAUUUUAAAAGAUCUUUUAAAAGUUGCUUGCAUGUUUUGCAGAACCUUUACAAGUAACCACUAAAAUUUACAAAGAAGAAUUGAAACCUUUUUGGAUAAUUAAGUUUAGAAACUCUGUUGGAUUGGACAGUGUGAUGGAAGCAGGUGUAGUGGGAAGAAGGAAUAAUCUGAACAACUAAAAAGUAGAGCUAGUGUGGAAUCUCUUAGAGUGUGUAGCUGAUAUGAUGAGAUGGGAGAAGGGGAGACAUUAUUGCCACAGAGGUAGAAGUCUGAUGUAUAAUUUUUCAAGGUCUAAGAUGUGUUCUCCAGGAAGUCACUGGUACUUCCCCUUUAUUAACCAUGUGGUCCUUGUCAAAUGGUAAGAGCAUGUGAAGGAAGGACUGAGAGCAGUGUUGAGAUCAUCAUUAACCCAUCUAUGUGUCUGCCUCAC